AUGGCUGGUGUGAAUCGCAGCCGCAACCGCGACGCGCCGAGCCAUUCCAAAUGCGGCCAAGGCUCACCAGAAAUGGCUAAAUUGGUCGGUUCUGGACGGACGACAGCUCACACCAUGAGGCCUGUAGGCCACACACCGACUGUGGUAUCCGUAAAAACUCUCUUCGAAAAAUUCCAAAGCCGUGGUCGCAUUUGGAAUGGCUUACGAAGCUGCGAAGCCACUCCUAAGUAAAACUCACGUCUUUGGGGCAUCCUCAAGUGGAGUUCGACUUUGGAUAGACGAGAACUGUUUAAAUAUUAUCACAAUCGCAUUUGGAAUGGCUCUUCAUGUUCUGUAUCAAUUUAAAGUUAAAAUUUAGCAAUCGAUAGGUCUAAUAGAUGCUGUUUGCCAAAAAGAUAAGUAUGAAAAUAAAUUAACUUAUUCAAAACACCCUGGUUCAUCAUUACACGAUAGGCCAUUCUAAAUGCGACCACCUUGUAUGAAGAAAAUCAACUAUAUUUUCAGGAGAAUGGGAAUUGUGAAAUCGAAACGAUUUUUUUUAAAUCGAUUUUUCUCGUUGCUAUUAGGAGGGGGACUUCCUGAUGGUUCCAAAAGUUUACUGAAAAAAAUUAAAAAGGUACAAAAUCAAGCAUUUUCUACUUGAAAAACCUUGAAGACUAAAAAUAACCAGAAGAAGCUACAGGAAGUGAGAGAAAACCCAGAAAGAAGAGAUCUUUUGAAAAUCAAAAAAAAAAACCCGGUUUUGAAUUUCAAAGUCACUGAGCAGACGUGGAAAGGUUCAGAAGAAGCCCAGAAGUUCAAAAAAAAGUCAAGAAAGUCUAAGACAGCCUUCAAAUCGUCCGAAACAGGAAUCUGACUCUCAGAAGUCUGUCUUUUAAUACUCCACGGUUUUGGAAAAAUGCCUCGAAGGAUCCUAUCAAAAUCACUUCCGAGAAACUUUAAUGAAGAAAAAUUCUGAAAGAGUGUGUCAAAAAAAACUUUCUGCACUCUAAUUUUUGACUUUUUUUUUUACAUAUUCUUUAGAGCUGUGUGAGAAAUUAUUGUUUCCAGCGCCAGAAAUCCUUUUUUUUUGUCUCCCCAACAUCAUACGAUUCGACUCUCAAGGUAUCUGUUUCAAUAGUUGGGUUUAAAAAACAGUUUGAACUUCAUAAGGCCCAUUAUUUGCACAAAGCGUGCUCCAUGGAUAAAAAUUCGAAUUUCUUUUCUGUAGAAGUUUCUUCAAGCUGAAUCGCGAAGUUUUUUAAAACAUGAAGGCUUGGAAUUGAUUAUAAAAAAAAUUUUGCCUAAAAAUCUUUUUUUGGAUCCUCCAAUGGCCUCAAAGGCAUACCAAAGUUGUAUUAAUAAAGCUCAUUUUUUUUCCAAUAUAUAAAGAUGUAAAUUCCCCUUGACACUUACACUUACUUUUCUUAGAAAGCAUCCCAAAUGAUCUCACAGAUCAACCGUUGGAAGUCGUACUUUUAUUUAUCUUUCGCUCCGCCGCUUCCAAAACUGGAGCUGAUAUAUCACCACUUUGAUUACGAUUGCACUCACGAGAUGGGAAAUUCUAAAAACUGUACUCAUCGGCAGAUAUCAGGGGCCUCAUUAGGAGAUUUUGGAAAUGCGUCAUCGCAAAAGAAGCUGAAAAAAAAGGGCUUGAAGCGACGUGAAACUUCCUCAUUUUCGAAUGGAAUGAGCGCCAGCGCCAUGUACCGGCUCCACGAGGCGGACCACGUCGCCAUCGUCCACAGUCCCGACGCUACCGUAACCACAACCUCGUGGAUGUUGGUUCAACUUUUCGAAACCACUUUGUGAAAACCUGUUAUCUCGUGAUUUUUUUUUUUUUGAUGGCUGCAAAACAAGCGGAAAAAAGCUUACAACACCACUCUACCAGAUUCCCAUUAAAAGCAGUUUUAAUGAACUAGUCACAAGCGCAAAAACAAGUUCUUAUGUAUCGAUGUCAGAACAGUGAUCAUUAAUGAGAUUUUUUAUUCAGGUGAUGAAAGCAUAAAAGUUCCUUUUCACAAAACUUUGAUGGUAUGACAAAAUCUCAAGUCAGCAAAUCUUAAGGACCGUAUGUGUACGCAGAUCUCGAGGCCCAUUUCCCCCAUUUGGCCUUGAGAUCUGCGUACACAAGAUUACGGCCCUAAGACCAAAAUCUUGGAAACAACCAUCUUGGAAAGUUAAAACCAUCGCUUUUGCGAAAAGUUUAUCAGAAAUUGUUUCAGUGAUAGGGUUUUGACGUUUUAGUGGCCACUAUAGUAGUCAAAUUAGUGGCCACUUAAGGAGUUAAAAAUGGCCACUAUAGAGGUCUAAGUGCCACUACUGACCACUAAAAAUUUUAGUGGCCAAUUUAGGGGUCAAUGGAUUAACAUAACUGGUCCAAUCUGUUUUUUUCAGAAGUAUCAGAGUUACUGGAAGGAAUACUGGAUGAAAAACUACUGAAGUGGCCACUAAAACGGAAAAUAGUGGCCACUAUUGAGUUGGAUUUAGUGGCCACUUUAGUGUCCUCUCCAAGUAGUCCUUGGCGAGCUUCUAUAGUGGCCACUAAAAAUUUUCCCAGUAAGCAGAAAAAGUGCAAUAACUAAGAAGGAAAUGAGAGAUUUUUGCUUGCCAAGAUUGAGGUUUCCAAGAUUUUGGUUUCGAGGAUAAUGGGCCUUGAGAUCGGCGUACACAAGAUUACGGUUCUCAAGAUUUUCGGACUAAUUUUUUGUCGUAUCAUCGAAAUUUUAUGAGAGGUUUAGGUCCACUGACAAGGAAUGUAAUUUCACUUCAUGGUUGAGAGUUUCCUAAAAGUCAGAAGACUAUUUUAUGUUCCAGAUGAAGAUUCUGAAAGUGUGGGCAACUUUCCAGUUUUCGAGAGAAGACACUUCAAAGUUGGUGAAAAUCAUCAAAACCUAAAAAAGCCCAUUUUCCGAGUUUGAGACCCUAUUUCUCAAAAAUUAGGAUGUUAGGCAGGUUGAGGCUUUCAGGACCUUCAUCUAGUACGUCAAAAAAUAUUCUGGCUCCGGAAAUUCCCAGCCAAAUUUUGAAAUGACCCUCCUUGUAUUAUUUGAAGUUCUAGCCAGUUGUGAGUAAAGUAAAAACUAUGAAAAAUAAAUCAAUAAAUUAUUUUGGAGGAACCUGUUUUCAGACCUAUUUAGCCAUACACAACUCCAGCAUGCUGAGAAAAUUUUAAGUGGCCACUAUAGAGGCUCGCCAAGGACUACUUGGAGAGGGCACUGAAGUGGCCACUCGACCCACCUCUAUAGUGGCCACUAUUUUCCUUUUUAGUGGCCACUAUAGAUGUUCUCCAUUUAGUAACCACUUCAGUAGUUUUCCAUCUAGUAUUCCUUCUAGUAACUCUGAUAGUUUUAUACAUACAGACUGGACCAGCUAUGUUGAUCCAUUGACCCCUAAAGUGGCCACUAAAAUUUUUAGUGGUCCGGUAGUAGCACUUAGAUCUCUAUAGUGGCCACUAGUUUCAACCUCUAAAGUGGCCACUAAUUUGACUACUAUAGUGGCCACUGAAACGUCAAAAAUCUAUAGAGACCACUAAACAUUUUUCCAGUAAUGCAAUUUUUCACAUACGAUUUUAAGCUCAAAGGUUCUUUUAUUGACAGAAAAAUACUUUCCGUUAAAAUUCAACUGUUUUCAAUCGGAAGCUUAGCCCUGUACAACACCUUCAAUUAAAAAACCUUUAAAAAAAAUUCAGUUCCGAGCCGCAAAAAAAAUAAAUGAUCCGUCCGGGGAACCGAUCCCAAGAACUUUUGCGCCUCAUCUAGCCACCCUCCCACUAAGCUAUCCAACCAUCUUCGUUUGCAGAAGUCUACUCGGCCUAACACCUUCGUCACGCCGCGGCGCACGUCGUCUGUCAAAAUUCCUUGCCGGCAUGGUGCUCUUGGCGUUAUUACUGGCUCAAAACUUCGUCGCCGCUGCCAUUUUUUGGGUUUGGCGCUUUUUUUUUUGAGCCAAGUGCGCCCUACGGACAACUUGAAGAGUUUGAGAACGCUUCAAGCCUUCUUAGGUCUCGAAAAGGAACACGACUAAUUUAUUUUCUGUCCCUAGAGCGCACUUCUACCACCAUCUGAAUAUUUCCUUCACCAAAUUUUUUAAAACUCAUUUUUUUCAGUUAGCUGAAGCAAACUCGAUACCCAAAGAUACUUUCUCUCAUCAAGAUUGCCUGAAAUUGGCGCAUGACCAAAUCAAAUUGGAUCCUCGAGUGUCGAACAAAUUUGAGGCGGAUAACUUGAUCAACAGGACCUUAUCUCUUGUCGAUAAAUGUUUGAAAGAGUGGGUUUUAUUUAUUUUUUUUCCUCAAGACACUAGGAUUUGAACGGUGUAUAAUAUACUAAAAGGGAGAGAUCACAGUGAUUUGAGAGAAUUCAGAGAAACGAAGUCUCUUUAAAAGGCCAUUUUUUGAAAAACUGUUCCAUAAUCAUACUCUUUCCAAGCUUUUCAAGCCAAAAUCCCAGUCAACUUCUCAAAACUCCUCAUCAUUACUCAUAUUACAGAAGUACACGAAUUGAUUCCCUGCCCAAAGGCUUUAUGUUCGCCUGGUCGGUUUACACUACGAUCGGCUACGGUAAUUUUGUAAGUUUUUUUUUCUGAUGACGUCACCAAUCUACCGUACUCCUCAUACAGUAUCCUCAUUCUAUGGUCGGCCAACUUCUCGCCACCAUCUACGCCUUGCUAACCAUUCCAUUAUAUGUCGCCGUUAAGGUUCUUUUUUUUUCUUCUCUCGAGCCAUUCCAAAUGCGGCACCCCUUGGAUUUUCAGGCAGAGUUGGGUUAUUUCUUAUCAAUUUCCACACUUCAUUUGGCCAAUGGAAUCAAGUUAAUUUGUCAAUUUAUACGAAAAAGGUGGGGCAUUUGAUUUUCCGGAGUACAAUCAAAGUUUCAGGAUGCGAAAGAAAUCGUCGUUUACGGUAACGCGGUACAGUAACCCGAAGGCUCGAGACUAUGCGAUUUUUGUGACUUGCUGCGUCGUCUGCAGCAUUAUGGUCAUCAUUUUCACCGUUGUUUUUUCGGUGGGUUACUGUAGAAAAUGGUUUUCAUACAUCGGGUGGAUCCCACCUCAGAUUCUUGAGUGCGAACAAAAUAGGGGGGGGGGACGCAAUUUGAGGGGGGUACACCGCAAUCCCGGGGUGGGGUCCAGCCGACGUAUGAUCUGAAGAAAGCUUAUUGUUCAUAUUCUACAAUGAGCAGCUAACUUCAAAAAACGCUUAUAAGUUGACUUAAUGCGUUGCGGUCGCGCUGCGGCACAAACUGGAAGUCUCCAAUGCUUCAAAUACCAACUUGCGAAAGUCGUUUAGAGGUCGGAGUUACUUUUGAAGCGAUUUUAAAGCGAUCUUUUUUGAAUAAACCUCAUAGAAAUUUUUGGCAAAAAAAUCUAUCUCUCCAGAGGAGUCGAACUUUGGUCAUAAAACUAGAAGUUUAAUACUUUAUCCAUUGCUCCAAGAGAAGAGGAGGUGGAUAAGACAUCUCAAUUCUUAGCUAACGGAAGACCAACCGCUGCUCACCUCCCUGUACUUCACGGUCAUCUCCGUCCUCCUUGUCGGCCUUGGUGACGUCACGCCGUCGCAUCUGAAUCCGUUCCUCAUCAUUUACUGCCCGAUUUUCAUCGUCGCCGACAUCCUGUCAAGCCACAUCCUCUACUAUAUUCAUGUGAGUUUUUUUUUUGUCCUCUUUUAAAAUUAUUAUGAAGCUUCGGGAACCUACAGAAAGGGGAAAAAUUGGUUAUUCGCAUUUUUUUUUCUUCCCUAAGAUUUGAGAAGGUUUCCUUGCUUAUGAAACGAUUGUACAUACGAAAUUACAUAUUUUUCACAGAAACAGGAAAAAAAAUCACCGAAUUUCGAAAAAAACUUUUUCAUACCAAUAAUUGCACUGUAUCCCUAUUGAAAAAAAUAAAUUCGAAAAAAAUACUUUUUGUCCGAAUUUUUUUGAUUCACAAUAUCUUUUUAAUAUUAGUACGUAUCGGAAAUGACUUUUUCACUCGAAAAUCCAAAAAAACCAAAGGGAUUGAAUCAUUUUUUUCAUAUCAAUAUUUUGACCGGUCCAAAAAAACUCUUUUUCUGAAAAAUUUUUUUAAAUUUCUUAUUUUUUUGCCUUUUUUUCGAAAUUUUUGUAAGCCAUUUCCUUGUUCAGAAUUUUUCUGCUGAACUCAAAAAAAUAUAACUUUUAUCAAGAAAAUCGCAAUUUAUGACACUUUAAAGACCAAAAAUGACUGGAUCAAAAAAAGCUAAAUCUUCAUUUUUCAUGUUUUUCAAAAUUCGAAAAAUUUUUAAAAAUAUCAUGUUUAAAGAGAAUUUCAGGGUCGAUUACGGCUUUCGGCGCAUCUGCUGACUCGCAAAAUCCUCAGGAUGCCCUACGGCGUUUCCAAGAGGAACAACGAAAUUUCGGUGGAUUCGGAAGAGGCCGACGUGCCCCACGUCACAACCACCUGCAUGCCCAUGAGUUGGUUUUUGAAAAUCGCGAAAAAUAAUUGUGAAUAUUUGGAAAAGAACUUCUUAAGAAGUUAAAACUCAUUUCUGAAGCUGAAAAUGACUAGAAAAAAAAAACUGAAAAUGAAAUUCAAGCUCGAAUAAUAUAGCUGAUUGACGGCUGGUUUGAGCCAUCGAGAAAAGGGUCCUGACACGAAGAGACACGAGACAGCGUCUGUUUGGUGGAGAAUGCAGACAUGCCACGCCUUUUUGCGUCCCAAGCUAGCCGUGAAUCGUCUAUAAGAGUUUUUACUUGGCAGAUAUUUGAAAAAUGAUUGAAUGUGUCGAUAAUUUUGACGCAGAUAAAAAAGCCUUUUUGAAGUUUGUUCUAACCAUUUUCAUAGCGAAACUGAGUUCCAAAAAGUUGAAAAUUUCUGAAAAUAGCCUAAAAUAAUUUCAGAUUCCUAAUUGAAGGUGAAUUUUUCUUUACAAAGCAACUUCGAGCUCGAAUAAUAAGUUUGGAAAAAAAUAAUUGAAUGUGUCGAUAAUUUUUGACGCAGACAAAAAAAGCCUUUUUUUGAAGUUUGGUUCAACCAUUUUUUUAUAGCGAAACUGAGUUCCAAAAAGUUGAAAAUUUCUGAAAAUAGCCUAAAAUAAUAUCAGAUCCCUAAUAGAAGGUUAAUUUUUUUCUUUACAAUGCAUUCAAAAGGAAUUUUUCCAACAUCAAAUUUCAAGCUUACUGGUAAACUCUAGCGAAUUAUCAGAGAAAAAAAUCAUAAUUUACUUCUUUUCUGAUAGGAAUAAUCUCUUUACAGGGCUUUUUUUCUCAAUUUUUUUGGUUUAAAAUUACAAAACCUUCAUUUUAGACGUGUUGAGCUGCGAAAGGGUCGAAAAACAAUUCGACGAGGCUUUGCUCCAACCAGCUUAUCACCCAAGUAGUGGCGCCAACAGCGAGGACGAAUGCGACAGUAAUUCAUCAUAA